GAUAUCCGGUUCUUCCGGGCGCUUGGGGAGCUGACGGAGAAGGCCACCGCCCAGCCGAAGACGCGUCUCAGCCGGUGUAGUCGUGGUUCCCGCGGUGUGUGAGUGAGCCCGGGCCCGGUCCCCUCUCCCGCCGCCGCCAUGGGCUGCACGUUGAGCGCCGAGGACAAGGCGGCGGUGGAACGGAGCAAGAUGAUUGACCGCAACUUGCGGGAGGACGGGGAGAAAGCGGCCAAAGAAGUGAAGCUGCUGCUUCUCGGUGCUGGAGAGUCUGGUAAAAGUACCAUUGUGAAACAGAUGAAAAUCAUUCAUGAGGAUGGCUAUUCAGAGGACGAAUGUAAACAGUAUAAAGUAGUUGUCUACAGCAAUACUAUUCAGUCCAUCAUUGCAAUCAUAAGAGCCAUGGGGCGGUUAAAGAUUGAUUUUGGGGAAGCUGCCAGAGCAGAUGACGCCCGACAGUUAUUUGUCCUAGCUGGCAGUGCUGAAGAAGGAGUCAUGACUUCAGAACUUGCAGGCGUGAUUAAACGGCUAUGGCGAGAUGGUGGGGUGCAGGCAUGUUUCAGCAGGUCCAGGGAAUAUCAGCUCAAUGAUUCUGCUUCAUAUUACCUAAAUGAUUUGGAUAGAAUAUCCCAGAACAACUACAUUCCAACUCAACAAGAUGUUCUUCGGACGAGAGUGAAGACUACAGGCAUUGUGGAGACACACUUCACCUUCAAGGAGCUAUACUUCAAAAUGUUUGAUGUAGGUGGCCAAAGAUCAGAACGGAAAAAAUGGAUUCACUGUUUUGAGGGAGUGACAGCAAUUAUCUUUUGUGUGGCCCUCAGUGACUAUGAUCUUGUUCUGGCUGAGGAUGAAGAAAUGAACCGGAUGCAUGAAAGCAUGAAAUUGUUUGACAGCAUUUGUAACAACAAAUGGUUUACAGACACGUCAAUCAUCCUCUUUCUUAAUAAGAAAGACCUUUUUGAGGAAAAAAUAAAGAGGAGCCCAUUAACGAUCUGUUACCCGGAAUACACAGGUUCCAAUACAUACGAAGAGGCAGCAGCUUACAUUCAGUGCCAGUUUGAAGAUCUGAACCGAAGAAAAGAUACCAAGGAGAUCUACACUCACUUCACCUGUGCCACAGACACCAAAAAUGUGCAGUUUGUUUUUGAUGCUGUUACAGAUGUCAUCAUUAAAAACAACUUAAAGGAAUGUGGACUUUAUUGAGAAGAUGGCCAUAGUAAAAGCUACUACAGUGAGGAGUGUUGAGACCAGACAUCAUCAUCUGCUGUGUCUUGAGUCAGCUACAAGCAUGACGGGACCAGGGAAUGGCAGCAGCAUGCAGACUCUUAGCACUCUUUAACACAAUCUUCUGUAUUAGGGAAUGUUUAGUUGGCAUGAGAUGUUCAAGUCAGACAUUGGAAUUGGAACAACUGUAAAGUGUGCGUGACUCACCAAGGCAUCAUUGGAUUUUAUAAUCUCAAAUGUUCAGGGCAUAUUGAAGUUGAGGUGCUGCAUUCCAGAACUUAAAUAUGUAGCUUACUUUUUUCUUCUUUUUAACAAAUCACCAGUAGUUAAUUUCUAAGGUUUUUCUCAUUAAGAGAAGAAAAACUAAAAAAAACCUUACUUGUUUGCAAAAGAAUCUUCUGAGAACCCGGUCUUAACUAUGCACAUGAUGUGAGCAGACAUCUUGAAAAUAUUCCUCUUAGUAGGAACUGUUUGUUUUUAACUCUUGGUACAGUCAGGUGUAAUAUUUCCAUAAUUAAAAUUCUUCCUGGUUAUUGGGACUACAUUAAUACAGCUUUUCUGAAUGAAAUCUAUGUUCCUGUCAUGUUUACAGUGCCAUGGUGGCUUCUAAACAGCAGUUACUUUGGAGAGCUCGACAGUCUGCUUCUAGCUCUUAUUUCUUUAAGCUUAUGGUGGAAGGUUAAUCUUGUUAUGCUGAUUACCAAAUUACUAGAUGAGUACUGACGUAAUAAGGCAAACUCCGCUUCUUGACAGACACACCCAGGAUGACUGUCAAUUAGAGAUGCAAAUUGCUAAAUUGAGAACCAAUGACUUGCUGCUACAGAUCUGCUAAACUGACCACUUUGAUUCUUGCCUGUUUGUCUCAGUCUUGGGGAAUUUUGUAUAAGGUGCCCCUUGUUUUCCAUCUUUGUGGCCUUUUUUGUUGGAAGACAUCUAAAAUGUAUUAACAGUGCAUGCUUUUCCUUUGUAAAUGUGGUGCCAAAUCCCUGUUCGCCAUCGUUUCUACUGUAGCCAUGUUGUAGUAGUAAUCCUCAGUCAGUAUGUUCUUUUUCUAAAACUUGCAUUUUGGGACUUUUUUCCACUUUGUCAUGUGUACAGAUUUUAAUCUGUUACAGUUGGCAGCAGUAUUAAAAUGGUGAGUAAAGAGUCCAGGAUUGCUCCUGCUUGUAACUAGUCCUUUCUGGAAAUCCUGUCUUCUGUUUCCUUUUCCUCUGCUGAGUAUGCUUUGGCCUUUGUCUGAGAGUGGGUUUAAAUAGAAAGAGGUCUCUGAAAGUCUAGUUCCUUGAUGUAAUAGUAUUAUCAAAUGUAGGACUGAGGGCUUUAUGUCCGGUCUAUGUACAAGGGAUAUGAGUCAUAACCCAGCUUCCCGAUUUACAUGCUUGUGAGAGCUACAGUCCUUCUGUACAGUCUAUAGCAAAUGUCAUGAAACACUGAGCGGACCACUGAGGGAUGGCAAACAGAGAAAAUGCGUUUGAGCAUUUCAGAUCAGUAGUUUGAGCAGUGCCUUUUGAGGUCCAGUCUUUUUAGGUUGGAUCCAUUUCAUCUUUUGAUGUUACCUCCUACUCAUUUAAAAGGUUGGUGGUCAGAACUGCUUCAGAAAGCAAGCCACAAUGACCAGUGCCCUUGCUGGCAGCUUUAAAAAGUUUUAAUUAUCGUGGGAAAUCAUUAUUAUGCAGACAGUAUAACUAUUAUCUGACAAGCAUUUCUUUAGGGCUAGGAAAAUACCAUCUGUAAGAAAGAAAAGUCUUGAUUUCAAUCAGCAAUUGACUUAAUUCCACAGUGUAAGGGGUUCAUAAGUCUUACUCUGAAUUUGUCUUUCCUUUAUUGUAUUCUGUAAUAUAAAAACAUCCAGAAAUGAGAACUAGUGAAAUGAUGUUUUCAUAACUUUUCUAUACUUUGGGUUUAAUGAAAUGGUCUUGAUAAUUAAAAUAAUAGAUAAUCCAAAUUUAAUUUUACUGUAGAAUGCAUUUUGUAUUUUCAUUUGAAUCUGUCUAUUUUUUAAACCUUUCUGUUAAUUAAAAAUAGAAAUUCUCUAC